UGAGAACACAUGGUCCUGUUUGAAGUUUGGUUAAUGAUGCAUGAGUACAGCAAGAUGAUAUUGUUGGGAGUUAUACUUACACAUGGUGUGGGUGCAUUUGCAGUUCGUCUACCUCUAAAUUAAAGCUAAAGAAUUAAGAAUAGUUGUGAGAAUUUAUGAUAGCCAGCAAUAAUUAUACACUCCAUAUUCUAUUUCUACCUCAACUAAACUCUCCUCAAUGCAAUAAAUUUCAACCCUCUAUAAACACAGAAAUAUAAUAAAAAAACUUACAAUUCUUCCAUCUACAAACACACUUUGUAUCAUCUACAAAACCUGUUAGAAGAAAGAGACAGGUCUAUACAUAUGGAUCAAUUGAAACCAAGUUCUGUCAAUUCAUCUCCUCUUACACCAUUAACAUUCUUGGAAAGAGCUGCUGUAGCUUAUGGGGAUAGUGUUUCCAUUGUCUGUAACUCCACUACAUACACCUGGUCUCAAACAUUCACUCGAUGUUUACUCCUCGCUUCCUCAAUUUCAACCCUCAUUGGUAUCAAAAAAGGCCAAGUUGUUUCGGUUUUAGCUCCUAAUAUUCCCGCAACGUUAGAGCUUCAAUUUGCUGUUCCAAUGGCUGGUGCUGUACUCAACAACAUCAACACUCGUCUCGAUGCCAAAACCGUCUCUGUUCUGCUCCAACAUAGUGAAUCGAAGCUCUUGUUUGUUGAUUACCAGCUAUAUCCUUUGGUACUUCAGUCGAUUUCAUUGUUUCCAUCUGAUGUCGACACUCCAAUUCUUGUCCUAAUAGAAGAUGAAAACUCUGUUCCGUUUUCAACAAACUUGGAUUUCGAUCACUGUGAUACUUAUGAUGCUAUGUUGGCGAAGGGGGAUUUGAAUUUCAAUUGGAUUCGACCUGAGAAUGAUCGGGAUGCGAUGACGUUGAACUACACUUCUGGAACAACAUCCUCACCUAAAGGAGUGGUACAUUCUCAUAGAUCUCUUUUUAUCAUCACAGUUGAUUCGUUAAUAGAUUGGUCUGUACCAAGUCAGCCAGUGUAUCUAUGGACCCUCCCAAUGUUCCAUUCCAACGGAUGGAGUUACACAUGGGGUAUGGCUGUUGUUGGUGGGACCAACAUUUGUCUUCGAAAAUUCGACGCUAAUGUUGUGUUUCAUGCUAUCAACAAAUAUAAUGUCACACAUAUGUGUGGUGCACCUGUGGUACUCACUAUGCUAGCCAAUUCCCCCUGUGCUAAGCCAUUACAAAACCCCGUCCACUUCCGUACUGGUGGGGCUCCUCCCCCUGCCACCAUUGUCCUUCGUGUCGAAUCCUUAGGAUUCAUAGUGAAUCACGGGUAUGGGAUGACAGAGGUGGCAGGGGUAGUCGUAUCUUGUAUUUGGAAACCAAAAUGGAACAAAUUAUCUGCGAAUGUGAAGGCAAAAUUGAAGUCUAGACAAGGGAUUAAGAGUUUAGGUAUGACGGAGGUUGACGUGGUGGAUCCGGAAUCUGGAGUUAGUGUAAAGAGGGAUGGCGUUACAAUGGGUGAAAUUGUAUUAAGAGGUGGAUGUAUAAUGUUGGGUUAUUUGAAAAAUGAAGAAGCUACAUCAAAAUGUAUGAAAAACAAUUGGCUUUAUACAGGGGAUGUAGCAGUUGUGCAUCCAGAUGGGUACUUGGAAAUUAAAGAUAGAUCUAAAGAUAUUAUAAUUAGCGGUGGUGAGAAUGUAAGCAGUGUUGAAGUAGAAUCCGUACUUUAUUCAAACAAUUUUGUGAAUGAGGCAGCAGUUGUAGCAAGACCCGAUGAAUUUUGGGGCGAAACGCCUUGUGCAUUCGUGAGUCUGAAGAUGGAACUGAAACUUAAACCGAAAGAGAAGGAAAUUAUUGAUUUCUGUAGAGAAAGAUUGCCACAUUAUAUGAUACCCAAGACGGUAAUUUUCAUGGAUGAACUACCCAAAACAGCAACUGGGAAAAUUCAAAAGUUUUCUCUAAGACAGAUUGCUAAUGGUAUGGGGUCGUUACCUGCUAGUCGAAUGUAGUAAGCAAAUCAAAUUCUUUUUUCAUAAUAUAUAUCAAAGUUGAAUUCAUUCAUUCAAAAAAUAAAGAUAUAGUGCAAUUUGUUAUGUGUAUGUAACAAAUAUUUGUACAACGGAUUGAUUUGAUUCUUUGUAAUAGGAAUAAUGAAUUUAUAGUACAAGUAUUAAAGAAGGAAAUCAGGUCAUUAUGUUUCAAAGUUUUGAUUAAUUUAAAUAUUUGUAACAACUGUUAAGUUGAGUAUGUUGCAAAAUUCAUUUUUUUUACUCCACAAUAUCUGUUGUGCUCGA